CCUUCUCCUGCAGUUAGAGCACCCGUACAAAUCCAAGAAAGCCGCGUGGCACAAAUUGCUCUCCAAGCAACGGCGGCGUGCAGUGGUUGCGUGCUUCCGCAUGACGCCCCUCUAUAACCUGCCCAGGCAUCGUGCUUGCAACAUGUUCCUGGAGAGCUACAAGUAUUCCUGGAUCUUCAGUGAAGAGCAUCCCUUUGAAGACAGAAUGAUCGACGAUCUAUCUAAACCUGGGCCACAGGAAGAGGAAGAGGAAGAGGAGCAGGAAAAGAAGCCAGACCCUUUGCAUCAGCUCAUUCUCCAUUUUAGCAGGACAGCGUUAACAGAAAAGAGCAAACUGGAUGAAGACUAUCUGUACAUGGCCUACGCUGACAUCAUGGCCAAGAGCUGUCACAUUAAUGAAGGAGAAGAAGGCGAUGGGGAAGAGGAAGAAGUGCCGUUUGAGGAAAAGGAGAUGGAGAAGCAGAAACUUUUAUACCAGCAAUCCCGACUUCACAACCGUGGAGCAGCCGAGAUGGUCCUUCAAAUGAUUAGCGCCUGCAAAGGGGAGCCUGGGGCCAUGGUUUCCUCUACUCUGAAAUUGGGCAUCUCCAUCCUAAAUGGUGGCAAUGAGGAUGUACAGCAGAAAAUGCUGGAUUAUCUGAAGGAGAAACGUGAGGUGGGAUUCUUCCAGAGUGUCCAGGCACUAAUGCAGACCUGCAGCGUGCUGGACCUCAACGCCUUUGAGAGGCAAAACAAGGCUGAAGGACUUGGGAUGGUAACAGAAGACGGAACAAUCAUCAGUCGUGAAAAUGGAGAGAAGGUGAUGGCCGACGACCUGUUCACCCAGGACCUCUUUCGGUUCCUGCAACUCCUUUGUGAAGGCCACAACAAUGAUUUCCAGAAUUAUCUGCGGACCCAGACUGGCAACACCACCACUAUCAACAUCAUAAUCUGCACCGUUGACUACCUUCUGCGACUUCAGGAGUCCAUCAGUGACUUUUACUGGUAUUAUUCAGGCAAGGACGUAAUCGACGAUCAGGGCAAACGCAACUUCUCCAAAGCGAUGUCCGUCGCCAAGCAGGUCUUCAACAGCCUCACGGAAUACAUCCAGGGACCUUGCACUGGGAACCAGCAGAGUUUAGCACACAGCAGACUGUGGGACGCAGUCAUUGGUUUCCUCCACGUCUUUGCUCACAUGAUGAUGAAACUGGCUCAGACGACGCCAGAGCUUCGAAAUGGCGAUUCCAGCCAAAUUGCACUUCUGAAGGAGCUGUUGGACCUUCAAAAGGACAUGGUGGUGAUGCUGCUUUCUCUGCUGGAAGGAAAUGUGGUGCACGGCACCAUCGCUCGGCAGAUGGUGGACAUGUUGGUGGAGUCCUCCAGCAAUGUGGAGAUGAUCCUCAAAUUCUUCGACAUGUUCUUGAAACUGAAGGACAUUGUGGCCUCCGAUGCCUUCCGCGAUUACAUCACCGAUCCGCGGGGCCUCAUCUCCAAGAAGGAUUUCCAGAAGGCCAUGGACAGUCAGAAGCAGUACACACCAUCGGAGAUCCAGUUCCUUCUCUCCUGCUCGGAAGCUGAUGAGAAUGAGAUGAUAGACUAUGAGGAGUUUGCCAACCGCUUCCAGGAGCCCGCCAAAGACAUCGGCUUCAACAUUGCUGUGCUGCUGACGAACCUCUCGGAGCACAUGCCUCAUGACGUCCGCCUGAAAACCUUCCUGGAACUGGCCGAAUGCAUCCUCAACUACUUUAAUCCCUACCUGGGCCGCAUUGAGAUCAUGGGUGCCAGUAAGCGCAUUGAACGCAUCUACUUUGAGAUCAGCGAGACCAAUAAGACCCAGUGGGAGAUGCCCCAGGUCAAGGAAUCCAAGAGACAAUUCAUUUUCGAUGUGGUCAACGAAGGGGGCGAGUCGGAGAAGAUGGAGCUCUUCAUCAACUUCUGUGAGGACACCAUCUUUGAGAUGCAGAUCGCCUCCCAGAUUUCAGAGGAGGAAGGUGAGGCGCAGGAAGAGGUGGAGGAAGAAGCAGAAAGCACAGAAAGCGGGGAAGCCGAGAGUGCGUCGGCACCUUCGGAGGCGUCUUCGGUCUUCAGCGACUUCCUGGAGAGCAUCUUGAAUUUCUUCCGCAUGUUUACCUAUCGCAACAUCCGUCGCCAGUUCCGCAAAGUCAAGAAGAUGACAGUCAAGGACAUGGCCGUGGGAGUGGCCACCUUCCUUUACACCAUCUUAAUGGGCAUCCUUGUCUUCUUCUAUAGUGUCCUCAAGUGCUUCUUCCUGCUCAUCUGGAACACCCUCUUUGGUGGUGGCUUAGUGGAGGAGGCCAAGAAGCUCACCAUGACCGAACUGUUGGCCAGCAUGCCUGAUCCAACUCAGGAUGAGGUCCACGGAGACGUGGCUCCUUCUGAUGAAGAUGAGCAGGUGACGGAAGAAGGAGAAGAAAUCAAUAUUGCAGAGUCCGGCAAGGAGGAUGCCUCAGGUGAAGGUGGAGAAGGUUUUGGAGGGGAUCCCAAGAAAGAGCAUUUCCGUUCCAUGGCCUCUGAUGCACCUGGCGGGCUUGGAGAUAUGGGGGACACCACCCCAGUGGAACCUCCCACACCUGAAGGGACACCCAUCCUCAAGAGGAAAUUGGUGGAAGAAGAGGCAAGGGAGGAGGAACUAUAUCCGGAGCUGGAGAAGAUUGAGGAACCACCAGCAGAACCAGAGAAAGCUGAUGCGGAAAACGGAGAGAAGGCUGCCAAGGAAGAAGAGGAGAAGAAAGAGAAAGAACACAAGGAGGAAGAGCCGCCAUCACCGCCACCAGCCCAGGAGGAGAAAAAGAAGAAGAUGGCCCAGCGGCCAGAGAAGAAAGAAGAGGAACAGGGAGUCUCAGAGUUUUGGAACGAGAUGGAGAUCCAGAGGGUCAAAUUCCUGAAUUACCUGUCCAGGAAUUUCUACAACCUGCGCUUCCUCGCCCUCUUCCUGGCCUUUGCCAUCAACUUCAUCUUGCUUUUUUAUAAGGUGUCAGACACGCCCCCCGGUGAGGAGGAGUUUGAAGGCUCUGGUCUUGAAGGCGAUCUGGAUGCAGGAUCCGGGGCAGGAUCCGGCUUCGGUGGAGACGACAACGGGGGCAACGGGGACGGCAACGGCAACGGGGACGAGGACGAAGAAGACAGCGUGGUCUACUUCUUCCUGGAGGAGAGCACGGGCUACAUGCAGCCAGCCUUACAAUUCCUGUCCAUCGUCCACACCCUGGUCGCGUUCCUCUGCAUCAUCGGCUACAACUGUCUCAAGGUGCCACUGGUCAUCUUCAAGCGUGAGAAGGAGCUGGCCCGUACGUUGGAGUUUAGCGGGCUCUAUAUCACGGAGCAACCGGAGGAUGACGACAUCAAAGGCCAGUGGGAUCGUCUGGUGCUCAACGCUCCGUCGUUCCCGAGCAAUUACUGGGAUAAGUUUAUCAAAAGGAAGGUUCUAGACAAAUAUGGCGACAUUUACGGGCGAGAAAGGAUCGCAGAACUUUUGGGCAUAGAUUUGGCCAGCCUAGAGAUCUCAGGACAAAAUGAAAAGAAAUCGGAGCCGGACACGUCGUUCUUGACUUGGAUUAGUUCCAUUGACAUUAAGUACAAGAUCUGGAAACUUGGCGUCAUCUUCACGGAUAACUCCUUCCUGUAUCUCUUCUGGUACAUGGUGAUGUCCGCCCUCGGCCAUUACAACAACUUCUUCUUCGCUUGCCACCUUCUGGACAUUGCCAUGGGUGUCAAGACCUUACGGACCAUCCUGUCCUCUGUCACCCACAAUGGCAAACAGCUGAUGAUGACCGUGGGGUUGCUGGCAGUGGUUGUCUACCUUUACACCGUGGUAGCCUUCAACUUCUUUCGCAAGUUCUAUAACAAGAGCGAGGAUGAGGAUGAACCUGACAUGAAAUGUGAUGACAUGAUGACGUGCUACCUCUUCCACAUGUAUGUUGGAGUGAGAGCCGGUGGCGGCAUCGGGGAUGAGAUUGAAGAUCCGGCUGGAGACGAAUAUGAGCUCUAUCGCGUGAUCUUUGACAUCACCUUCUUUUUCUUUGUCAUUGUCAUCUUGUUGGCCAUCAUCCAAGGUUUGAUCAUUGAUGCCUUUGGGGAGUUGAGAGACCAGCAGGAGCAAGUGAAGGAGGACAUGGAGACCAAAUGUUUCAUCUGCGGGCUUGGCAGCGACUAUUUUGACACGACGCCCCACGGUUUUGAGACCCACACGCUAGAGGAGCACAACCUGGCAAAUUACAUGUUCUUCCUGAUGUAUCUCAUCAAUAAGGAUGAAACGGAGCACACGGGCCAGGAAUCCUACGUCUGGAAAAUGUACCAAGAGCGCUGUUGGGAUUUUUUCCCGGCUGGAGAUUGCUUCCGCAAACAGUAUGAAGACCAGCUCAGCUAGAGGCUCCCCCGGGCGAAGCGGGGGCAAAGGCAGCUGCCCUGGGUCCACCACCUUUGCCCCCUUCCUUCAACCCUAAAGAAAAGGGGAGGGGGAUUCAGCACCAAAGCAGAGUGGGACAGCCUGGCUGACUGUCUUUUGUUUCAAGCUUGGGGAGAGCCGCCUCGUUCCCUCCCUCCACCCUCAAGUCAUCACUCCUAUGUCUUCUGCCUCUUGCUGCCAAGCCCCCUCCCCUCGGUGGAAGAGGUGGGUACUUCUGCCCCCCCCCACCCAACCCACCUCGCAAAAUGCCCCCCACCUGCUUGGGCUAAGCCAGCCUCCCACUUGGCCAGUAACUCGUUCCAACUCUUUCUGGUCUCCUGGCGGCGUGGAUGGUGGGGUUCGUGCAAUAGGCUUUUUUCCAGGUUAAAGUCCCCCCCACCUCUUCCCAGUUUCAAGUGCCUUUUAUUGGCCCUCACUCGCCCCCCCAGGAGAGGGGAGGGUCCCCCAUACAGGGAAAGACUACUCUUCCGGAUCCAUCAGGAGAACGGAACAGGACAAUUCGCCCUGUCCGACUCACCCUAAGACAACUCGUCGCAGGGCAAUUUUAACCAUUUGGUUUUAAUUAUUUAAAAUGAAUUUUUUUUAAUAUAUAUAUAUAUAGUUUAAUGUUUGCCCUUCCCACUUUGUUCUAUCCCUCCUUUUGUAUCCUUUCUUUAACAAUCCCACCCCAUUAUUUCUUUGAUAUUAGCAGAACUCUUGUCUCGCGGCAACUUGUCCCGCGGCGGUGAGUUGGACGUGGCGAGUCAGGGCAGGGAGAAGUUGGGGCCGAGUUUGCUCCCGAUUUCGCUCACCCAGCGUAGUCGGGUGCCAAAGAGAUGCAGAGGGUCUCCAAGAAGAAGAAGGCAGCCCCCUCUGUCUCUCCCCUCCGUGACUUGAAUUAACCCUCACACCUGGCCCUCCCUCUUGUGACGCUUAGGGUGGUGAGGGGGGGGUGUCUUCUCUUGCCCCAUCUGUACCAGAAAUCCCACCCAGUAGAGCCAGAUGUGUGUGUGUGUGUGUGUUUGUGUGUGCAUUGGGGCUGUGGGAGGCAACGGGCCCCGGCUCAGGAGGCUGCUGCGUCAUCUUCCAGGAUCCGCAGCAGUGGUGAUAAGCUAGCGAUUCGGACCGGUUGGUAGUCAAAGGAAGCCUCCCACGAUCAGAGGAGGAAAACAUCCUCUGACAAUCAGCUGAAAGGAGAAGGAAAAGCACACAAUCGGCCCUCCGACCGACCCCUGCGCUUUCCUCUCCUUUAUCCCCUCCGCUGAUUGGCGCUGCAGAGCCUCAGCUGGUGUGGGGAAAGCCGCGCCCGUCUGCGCGCCCAAUCACCGAACUGGUAGUGGAAACAGGUAGGGUCCCACUGCUGAUCCACAUGGCCCUUGUGCUCAGAAUUGGACCCCUUUGCCGUCCCCGAUUUAAUGGCCGUCCCCGCUGGACGUUUGAAGCCAGCUCUGUUGCGGGGGGAUGCAGACCCCCCUCCGUGGCUCUCCCGCCCCUCAAGUCCAGCUUUGGUUCUCUCUGCCAAUAAAACCAUAGACUGCUGCAACCCUCCGAGUCGGCAUCAUCCUUCUGCAGAACCAA